AUGGCCGACCUCAAUGGCCGCUCGCCCAAAAGGCGCCGCUCCGACGACGGCUACAUCGAGUCUCCGCGCGACCGCUCGCCCUUUCCCGACGCGUCGCCCACCUACCAGCUCACCGAGCGCCCGGCCGCACAUCGCUACAGAGACGACGACAGCCUCGAUGCCACCCCCAGAGACCGCUUGCGAGACCGGUCGCGCUCACCACGCUCUGGCUCCCGCUCGCCCGUCGGAGACCGUUCGCCCAGCAUGGACCUGCCCGAAAAGCCCGCCGAGCUGCGCUACAAGGCGAAGCUCAAGCUCUGCGGCCACAAGAAAGGCGUCUCAUGCGUCAGGUUUUCGCCCGACGGCCGCUGGAUCGCAAGCUCCUCCGCAGACGCCACCAUCAAGAUCUGGGACGCGCGGACCGGCAAGAUUCAGCAUACCCUCGAGGGCCACAUGGCCGGCAUCUCGACCUUGGCAUGGGCCCCAGACUCGCGCAUCCUGGCUUCAGGCUCUGACGACAAGUACAUUCGACUGUGGGACGCCAUCACCGGUAAAGACCUCUCGGUGCCGUUUGAGGGCCACCACAAUUACAUCUACUCGCUUGCCAUUUCCCCCAAAGGAAACAUAAUCGUGAGCGGUUCUUAUGACGAAGCUGUAUUUUUGUGGGACAUCCGUACCGCGCGCGUCAUGAAAUCGCUCCCUGCGCAUUCGGACCCAGUUGGCGGCGUGGAUUUCGUGCGGGACGGCACAAUGGUCGUCAGCUGCUCCAGCGACGGGCUGAUCCGUGUUUGGGACACCGCCACCGGCCAGUGCCUCCGCACGCUCGUUCACGAAGACAACGCCCCCGUGACCUCCGUCCGCUUCUCUCCCAACGGAAAAUACAUCCUUGCCUGGACCCUUGAUUCCUGCAUCAGGCUUUGGGACUACGUGACCGGCAAGGGCAGAUGCGUCAAGACAUACCAAGGACACAAGAACAGCCAGUACAGCCUGAGCGGCGCCUUUGGCGUCUACGGCACCGCCCCAUACCAGUCGGCCUUUAUCGCAAGCGGUAGCGAGGACGGCAGCAUUUACCUUUGGGACUGUAGCAGCAAGAACGUCAUGCAAAAGCUGGAUGGCCACAAGGAGCCGGUCCUAUGCGUUGAUACGCACCCCAGUGAGCCUUGGAUGGUGAGCGGGAGUCUCGACAAGACGAUCAUCAUCUGGAGGAUGGAGGACGAGCAGCCCGCUCAGAGUAUCAAGCCCGAAGGUUGA